GAGUGGCUGAGAGUGAGACUGCAAGGAGAGUAAGUGAGGGAGCAAAGAAAGGGAAGGAAGCUUGCUUUGUAUUCUGCUGAAGGUUGCAGUCAGAAAUAGAACAUACAGCAAUCACUGUGGUUUGAGUGCUAUUUAGGAGACAAUAUACGCUCACUUUUAUUUACUCUAUUGCUGUGUGAGAGAGAAAUGACAUCUGGCUGCUGGUUCUACAUAUUCUUUAUUUUUGGAACAAAUUGGUGUCCUGGGAUUUAACAGUUCAAUUUUGGGCCAUAGGACUAAGAAGCAAAGUUAUCCAUUGUACUUCGGAAAAUCAAGAUUCUGAACAUGAAGUCAUAUGCCCUCUGGGAUAUUUCCCUUGUGGCAAUAUAACAAAGUGUUUGCCUCAACUUCUUCACUGUAAUGGUGUGGAUGACUGUGGGAACCAGGCUGAUGAAGACAACUGUGGAGACAACAAUGGAUGGUCUCAACAAUUUGAUAAGUAUUUUGCAAAAUACAAUGAAAUGACUUCCUCGCGUGCUUUUGAGGUAAAGACAUCGGAGUGCUUGGUUGAUUCUGUGCCAGCAGAAUGUCUGUGCCGAGGGCUAGAGCUUGACUGUGAAGGUGCCAAUUUACGCGCUGUCCCUUCAGUCUCUUCAAAUGUAACUCUGAUGUCCCUUAAACGGAAUCAGUUAAGAAAGCUUUCUGCUGAUAGUUUCAAGAAGUACCAGGACCUUAAAAAUCUGUUUCUUCAGAAUAAUAAAAUCAGAGCUGUAUCAGAACAUGCUUUCAAAGGAUUAUACAACCUGACAAAACUGUAUCUGAGUUACAACAAGAUAACCUUUUUAAAGCCUGGUGUCUUUGAAGAUCUGCAUAAGCUUGAGUGGCUGAUAAUUGAAAAUAACAAGAUCAAUCAGAUCUCUCCACUAACAUUUCAUGGACUCAACUCACUUAUUCUCCUAGUGCUGAUGAAUAAUUCUCUUGCGCGUUUGCCUGAUAAACCUCUUUGCCAACACAUGCCCAGGUUACAUUGGCUGGACUUUGAAGGCAAUCAUAUACAUAAUUUAAGAAAUGUCACUUUCAUCUCCUGCAGCACUCUAACUGUACUGGUGAUGAGAAGAAACAAAAUCAGCUCCUUAAAUGAAAACAGCUUUUCCUCUCUCCAGAAGUUAGAUGAAUUAGACUUGGCUAGCAACAAGAUUGAAUCACUUCCUCCAUACCUAUUUAAGGAUCUGAAGGAGCUCUCACAGCUGAACCUUUCAUAUAACCCAAUCCAGAAAAUACAAGCAAACCAGUUUGAUUACCUACUAAAACUCAAAUCCCUCAGCCUGGAGGGCAUUGAAAUUACAAAUAUCCAAAGAAGGAUGUUCAAACCACUUAGAAAUCUCUCCCAUAUAUAUUUUAAGAAAUUCCAGUAUUGUGGAUAUGCCCCUCAUGUGCGCAGCUGUAAGCCAAAUACCGAUGGGAUUUCAUCCUUUGAGAAUCUCUUAGCUAGCACUGUACAGAGAGUGUUUGUCUGGGUUGUUUCUGCUGUCACUUGCUUUGGAAAUAUCUUUGUUAUCUGCAUGCGGCCUUACAUCAGAUCUGAGAACAAGCUCCAUGCCAUGUCAAUAAUGUCUCUCUGCUGUGCUGACUGUCUGAUGGGAAUAUAUUUAUUUGUGAUUGGAGUCUUUGAUGUUAAAUAUCGUGGAGAAUACAACAAGCAUGCUCAGUUGUGGAUGGACAGUAUCCACUGCCAAUUGGUGGGCUCAUUGGCUAUUCUGUCCACAGAGGUGUCAGUUUUACUGUUGACUUACCUGACUUUGGAAAAAUAUAUAUGCAUAGUUUACCCUUUUAGGUGUUUGAAGCCAGGAAAAUGCAGGACAAUUUCCAUUUUGAUUCUCAUCUGGGUUAUUGGCUUUGUGGUUGCUUUUAUUCCACUGAGCCACAAGGAAUUUUUCAGCAACUACUAUGGCACCAAUGGGGUCUGUUUUCCUCUUCAUUCAGAACAAGCAGAAAGUACAGGAGGCCAGAUUUAUUCUGUUGUUAUUUUUUUAGGUGUAAACUUGGCAGCUUUUAUCAUCAUUGUGUUUUCCUAUGGAAGUAUGUUUUACAGUGUUCACCAAACAGCCAUCACAGCAACUGAAAUCCGGAAUCAUAUUAAAAAAGAGAUGACCCUUGCGAAACGGUUUUUCUUCAUUGUUUUCACUGAUGCAUUAUGCUGGAUUCCCAUCUUUAUUUUGAAAUUGCUUUCUUUACUUCAAGUAGAAAUACCAGGUACUAUAACUUCCUGGGUGGUGAUUUUUAUACUGCCCAUAAAUAGUGCUUUGAAUCCUCUCCUCUACACUCUGACCACACGACCUUUCAAAGAAAUGAUUCAUCAGGUUUGGUAUAAUUACAAACAAGGAAGAUCCAUAGGAAGCAAAAGCAGUCAGAAAACAUAUGGCCCAUCAUUUAUCUGGGUAGAGAUGUGGCCAAUGCAAGAGAUCACACCAGAGUUAACAAAGCCUGCAAUUUAUACAGACUCCUCUGAAACAUCAGUAACCACGCAUUCCACAAGAUUGAAUUCAUACAGAUAAAUGUUUUGAAUAGUCACAGUAAAAUUUGCACAGUCAUCUUUGAUGUGGACUCACUGUUUUAUAGCAGUAAGGAAAAAGCUGUAACACGGAUUCGCGUCAGUGAUGGCCAAGAAGUCAAAUCAGAAAAAGACAACAGCGAGUGAACUUAACAGUACAUACAUUUUUGAAGAGCCUUAGGGAGUAGUAGCCAUAGGAAAAAAAUAUUUAUGUGAAUAAAAUUCUACUAACAAUCCAAUUUUUUUUUUCAUUUUGGGGCUGGGCAGAUAAAGUCAAAAAGGUUAAAACUGUCACUUUGUAUCUUUCUAAAUUCUAAAAUGUAAUUCACAUGCAGUCUAUUGUUAGAGGACCAGAUUGCUAGCGAUAUAAAAGUUAACUAUGAAUGGCUAUGCAGCUUCCUAAACUUUAGUCAGCUGCAGUAUUUUUCUGAAGAGUUACUCAUAAGUCAGGCAUGGGGCACUGGACACCAAUUACAAUGCUUCAGAUUUAUGAAUACUUUAAAAAGGUACAACGUUGACCUAAGUUUCGGGGGAUCCCAACCGGAGCAAUCAGGCAGAUUCUCCAUAUGUGUGUCAGAUUUUUAUAAAAAAAGACACUUUUUGAUAUUAUGAAAUAAAGGGAUACUGGAUAAGGAGACUUUCAGUAAUGGGCUUGUAGCCAGCUGAGUUCCCAAGAUAACACAGCUGGAGGAAAUGCUCUUCUGCAUUUACACUUUGAAGCUUUAUUUAAAAAAAGCAAAAAGAUGUUUUUAAUGUUUGCACUCAACUUCUUAAAAGAUACAAGAAGUAAAAUAUAGUGUGACUCACACUUUACUGUUUACAAAACUUUGAAAUAUGUUAGAAUCAAAUACAAAACAGAUGUGUAUCAUGUUUCCGCUACUGUAUAUAUUGAUUUAUUUGGAAUAAAGAUUUACCUG